GGGAGUGACGUCGCGCGCGGGAGCAGACGGGCGCUCCGGAAGUGGGACCGGGCGGCCGGUAGCGAAGUCCCGCGCUCCCUGGACCGACAACAAUGCUUAUUGCUGCCAGCCGCGUCAAUUGAAACGCGUGUCCGUUUCUUGCUCCCGAUCGCGCCAUGUCCUCUUCGAUGCGAUAUUUUGGAAGCAAAAUUUAAAAUAAUCUUAUUACGGAUUAAUGUUAAAAAAAUGAAGAAAUGUUUUGUAUAUAUAAUAGUGUUUAUUGUGUUAUCAUUAGAAAGACUAAGUGCACAGGAAGUUGAUGAAGUAGUUGAUGCAGUGGUAGGACACACUGCAGAGUUGCCGUGCAACAUAAGCGCUGAAAAUGAAAAUGAUAAACUUACUGUCCUCGCGUGGUACAAAAAUGAAUCAUCUAAAGCUAUUUACAGCAGUCACGACCAACGUAGCGGUAAGGGCAUUGUAUCGUCGUCAAGCUCCCGCUUCAGGCUGGUGAAAGCAGAGAGCGAAGGUCUGGGCAAACUGCAGAUAUUGACGGUGCGACCGGCCGAUGAAGGAAUAUACAUUUGUUCUGCGGACUUUGCGUCUAGUCCAACACUCAAGACAUACGUAAAAGUUGUUGUCAUCGAGCCUCCCCAGCGGCUGUACGUAGUGUCCGAGAAUGGCACACGAGUAGAGACAACCAGUGACGCAGCCAACGUGAGCAGAAACAUUGGGCCUUACUAUAUCGGCGAUACUGUUAAUCUUUUCUGUAUCGCAUACGGAGGAAAACCACAAGCCUCCUUGUCAUGGUGGGCAACGCAGCGGUUACUAAAAAACACGUGGGUGCCGCUGUCCGAGCAACGCGUACGCAGCGACGUACGCUACGGCCCGCUGGUGCGUGAGGACCACGGGCUUGUGCUCACGUGCACCGCCAACAACAAUCAAGUUACGCCACCGCUUUUCAUAGAUGUUAUCAUCAAUAUGCACCUGCCACCAGAGCUGGUCGUGCUACGGGUUCCGUUUGAGAAGGAGAUCGUGGGUGGCCGCGUGCGAGCCGGCGAGUCUCUUGCGCUACAGUGUCGGGUGCUGGGCGCUCGGCCAGCCCCGCCGAUUCUGUGGCGGCUCAAUAACACGCAGCUUGUCAAUUUGGAGCAAAACAUUACUACAGAGGCCACUCAACGACUUGUGGUUAGUGACAUCCAGUUGACUAUAGACCAGCGACAUGAUGAGUCUAAAAUCACUUGUUGUGCACCCGUAUAUGGACACGAAGAUCAGAAAAUUCUGUGCGCACAGGACCUGCCACUUACAGUUCUAUAUCCACCUGUUUUGGAAAUAGUCGUUGAUGAGGAAUUAAAUAACAGAACAAUAGCUGUUGUAAAAGGAUCCAACUUGUUACUGAAUUGUAGUUACGAGGCCAACCCAUCUAUAUAUCAACUGACAUGGUAUCAUGAGGAAGACGUGGUACUCGAUGAUGGUAAAUCAAGUCAAAUAAGACCCACGUUGGAAUUAUCGAAUAUAUCUGAGGAGCACGCUGGCGAGUAUGUUUGUGCAGCCAGCAACGAUGAAGGGUCCACUUACAGUGAACCACUUGUUGUUGAUGUCACAUACCCUGCAUAUUGCGAAGAGGAGGCCAUAGCACAGUACGGGGUUCGGCAAAACGAGACUGUAAACAUAACUUGCAGCGUGAAAUCGAAUCCCGAACCAUCUGCGUUCCGGUGGGUAAUUGUGAACGACACUGUGGACGAUAUAAACCAAUUGCGUCACCACCCACACAUCACAAUAAAAACAGAAGAACCUUACUUGUCAUACGAGAGACCUAAUGAUACGCCUUUCAGCACAGUAUUCUGUUGGGGUCUCAACGAAGUUCCUAAUAAAGGAUUACCCCAUUCUCCAUGUAUCGCGUUAGUGACAGACGAAACCGCGCCUCGGCCCCCCACACAGUGUCUAGCCACAUCAAAUAACAAAGAUAUCACUAUAUUAUGUGAGAAGGGACACGAUGGUGGAUUACCACAGAAGUUUAAAUUGAUUGUAAAAUCGACAAACUCUGAAAAUCAGUACUUAUCGAUAACAAGUUUGGAACCAAAGUUUGUGAUCCAAAAACCGGAAACAGAAGAGUAUACGUUUUUAAUAACGGCUUUCAACGAAAAGGGUGAAAGUACCACAGUUGAGAUCGAGAGAGACAGUAUAAUAAAAGAAAAAAGCGAGAUAAUUCAAGUGGGCACGGUAGCAAACAUAACAACGUUGACGCUGGCGCUGUGCGGCGGUGUGGCGCUGGUUGCGCUGGCGGCGUGCGGCCUCGUGCUGUGCGCUAGGGAGCGGGACCGCCGCGACGGACCCGUCUUCGGGGAUCCGCCACUCUGCGCGUACAAUACUGAAGAAUCCAAUUGCGAGACGUAUCAUGACAGCGAUGAUGGCAGCGAGUGUAACAUUAGACGGACGGAUUCGUUUCGAAGGGCCGUCUCUAAAUACCCGUCGAGGAACUACGACGUUAGGAGAACCAGUUCGUUCCAUUCUGCACGUUAUAUGAACGACAUGGUCGAGGAAGGGCUCAAUAAGUGUAAUGAUGGGUUGCGGCAUAGUGCAACCUGCAGGAUGCACUCGCUACAGAACAUCAAUAAAAAGAAAAACAUGGAUGUCCUAUGUGACCAUUUGGCGAUGCAUUUGCCGACUGAACCCGCGAAUUACAGUGCGCCUAAACCUAUGAAUACAUUUUACACAAUGCCCAGAAAAAUGCGUUAUAAAGCAGCUAAAGAACUUAGUGAUGAAACGUCAGAAAUAACUCAAAAUUCUGAUGGUUUCUCAUUACCGCCGCCUCCUGACGAGUUCAGCUCAUAUCGCGCCGGCACGAAGAUCAAGGACAUGCCAACUAAAACAACGCCAACUUAUACAACUAUAAGAAAAAACUCUACGAAAGAGACGCCCAAACAGCAGUAUAAUAACGUUAUAAUAUCGCCUAUGAACACUGUUGGUUUACCGACGAUCAGCGGUCACACCAGCAUAUAUAGUUACCCAGAUGAUCAUCAUCACAAUCAACAGGACUCGCAGACCACAACUGGAAUAUUAAGCACUUUCAAAGGUUAUUCUAGUCCUAAGGAAUCUGGAUUGUAAACACAAUAACUGGAAAAUCGCUUGCACUUCAAUAAUUUUUAUUUACAAAAAUAGAAAUCA